AUGGGACCCACUUACAUUAGAGACCAAUGGCUUUGGAAUGACGAACUUCUCAGUGAAGUAGAUUCUGUGCGGGAACUUAGGGUCGAUGUCUUGGAUAUAGAAGCACACAGAAAACGUUAUAAACGAGCUGAUCAAUCAAAGGUGACAAGCAGAACAAUGUCUUCACAAACUCCGGUGGGCUAUGGAUUUCAUCCAACCGAUGAAGAAUUGGUGAACCAUUACCUGAGGUUCAAAAUGCAUGGUGGCUAUGAAGAAGAAGUCAGCAGAAUCCCCGAAGUUAAUAGGGACUUCGUUCUCUGCAAACUCAAGAAAGAUCCAGAUGAGAUCAUUCCAACAUAUGAAGAAGGCGAUUCAAGUUUCAAUGCUACUUCUGGUUUUGAAAAUCAAAAUUCAAAUGAGUGUUAUUAUCCCCCAACCUUUGAAGAAGGUGAAUACGGUGCCCGGAUGGCUUCUAAUUUCACAAACAGUGAGCCAGAGGAUGACAUUAAUCAAGUUCAAGCACAUCUGCAAUCAUUCCAUGGCUUUGAUGAGGGAGAUUAUAACCUGAACGCUGCCCUACAGUUUUCAUAUGGGAAUAUGCACUGA